ACGAGACUUGGCAAAUCAGAGUCCCAACACUGGAAUCACAUUCUACAGAGCCUCCCACCACCAUCAACCACUCGUCACUUCAGUUCAUCCAUAAUGUCUGCCUCACAGGACGUCAAUGGAAAUGACCUGGUGGAGUCCAUGGACCAGGUCAGGCUCAACGACAAUGAGCCGCGCCUCGGCCCAGACGGAGAGCCUGCGCCGAAGACAGAUGAGGAAUAUGCUCAGACCCAACUGACCCUUCGAGCAAUUGUCUCCUCGAAAGAAGCUGGCGUGAUCAUCGGCAAGGGCGGGAAGAAUGUCGCCGACUUGCGAGACGAGACUGGGGUUAAAGCCGGUGUUAGCAAGGUCGUGCAGGGUGUGCAUGACCGUGUUCUAACCAUCACUGGCGGCUGCGAUGCUAUUUCCAGGGCCUAUGCUGUUGUUGCCCGCGCUCUUUUGGAGGGCGCUCCGUCAAUGGGCAUGGGAGGAGUCGUCCAAGGCAAUGGAACUCAUUCCGUUAAACUCCUCAUUUCCCACAACCAGAUGGGAACCGUCAUUGGCAGACAGGGUCUCAAGAUCAAGCACAUUCAAGAUGUGUCAGGCGUCCGUAUGGUCGCACAGAAGGAAAUGCUGCCUCAGUCCACCGAGCGCAUCGUGGAGCUCCAGGGCAACCCUGAGGGCAUCCAGAGGGCCGUAUGGGAGAUAUGCAAGUGCCUUGUCGACGAUUGGCAGCGUGGAACCGGGACCGUCCUCUAUAAUCCCGUCGUCCGUACCCAAACUGGCGGAACAGCUCCCCCAAGCAACGUUGGUGGAGGUGGAGGAGCAAGCUAUGGCGCAGGCCGGAGUGAGUACGGCAGCGGCAGCGCUCGUGUCAUGCGAACAGGUAAUGGUGCCGACUUCAGCAACGGCGGGCCACGCUCGUACAAUCGUCGCUCUGAUUCUGACGCAGCCACCCGUGGUCCUCCAACCCACGAUGAGAACGGGGAGGAGAUCCAGACCCAGAACAUCAGCAUCCCAGCCGACAUGGUUGGCUGCAUCAUUGGGCGCGGGGGAUCCAAGAUCAGUGAGAUCCGAAAGACGUCAGGGGCACGAAUUUCCAUCGCCAAGGCUCCCCAUGACGAGACUGGCGAGAGAAUGUUCACCAUCAUGGGAACAGCGAAGGCAAAUGAGACGGCCCUCUUCCUCCUGUACGAGAAUCUCGAGGCGGAGAAGAUGAGGCGGCAGCAACAGGCACCACCCUCCUCCGAGUAGCGUUCAGAGGAGGACGAUGACAUCAAGGGUCCAAUGUUGUAACGAGCUCGCCGUAGGUCCUCUCACCGCGGCGAUCGUUACGGGGAUGAUGGAUCCUGGCUUUACCUCAAGCUC